AUGGAUAGAAAUUUGGGAAGGGAUUAUCCUUCAAGGAAUGUAACCAUAGACGAUGAUGAAACCCUUUCAGUUUUUUCGGAUCAGAAUUUGUUGGAUGAUUUUAAUGUUGGUAGUAAUUACGAAAAUCAAAACUUUGUUCAAAUUCCUCCACUUCCGUCUGAUUCAGACUGUAAUAGUUUAAUUCAGUCGUAUAGUGUGAAUUCGGGGGGUGAUUCUCAUGAGGACUGUGAUUUGAGUGAUGUGGUCCUUAAGUACAUAAGUGAGAUGCUUAUGGAAGAAGAUACAGAAGAGAGGCCAUGUCUGUUUCAAGAGUCUGCCGCUCUUCAGGCUGCUGAGAAAUCGUUCUAUGAGGUCAUUGGGGAGAAGUACCCUCCUUCACCUGAUCGCCAGCCGAUGCCUAAUAUAGAUCGAAAAACCAAAAGCCCUGUUGAAAAAUGUGUUGGAGAUUGCAGCAAUUGUUAUGGUAGUGACAUUGCUGGUGAUGGAGACUUGUCAUGCCCAAGUUGGGUUCCUCAUCUUAGUGAGUAUGAUUCAUCCUAUGUAGAAAAUUUUUCUGUGGACCUUGCUUCACAGACCACUUCUCAGCCUUCCUACAGCAUGUCGACUAGCACUGGUCCUGUGGAUUCACUAGAGAGUACCUUCAGUAUUUCUGAUAUGUUUAGGGAUGGCCAGUCUGUUAUGAAGUUUAAAAAGGGGGUUGAGGAGUCAAGUUCCUUCCAACCUAAUGGCAACGGAUACUUUGCCAAAUGGGGGAGUACUGAGUCGGGGGUUGAGGAGUCAAGUUCCUUCCAACCUAAUGGCAACGGAUACUUUGCCAAAUGGGGGAGUACUGAGUCGGUUGUGAAGGAUCAAAAGGAAGAGAUUAAGGGUGUGAUAAUCCAAAUGGAGAAGAAGUAUGAGAACGAUUGCUCCAUUGAUGGAUCAAGGGGAAGGAAGAAUCAUCAUCGUGGAGAUUCGGAUGUCGAGAGAAGGAGUAACAAGCAGUCGGCAUUCUACACUGAAUCAACUGUGAGACCAGAAAUGUUUGAUAUGGUGCUGCUAUGUAAUGCAGGGCAAAGUGAAGCUGCUCUUCGUGAAACUUUGCAGAAUGGAAAAAGUAAAAUUCUGCCACAAAAUGGUCAAUCAAAGGGAUCUAAUGGUGGUAAGAAGGGAGGUAAAAGAGAAGUGGUGGACUUGAGAACUAUGUUGACACUCUGUGCACAAGCGGUUGCAGCUGAUGAUCGAAGGACCACAAAUGAGUUUCUGAAGCAGAUCAGGCAACAUUCUUCUCCAACAGGGGAUGGCAUGCAGAGACUGGCUUAUUAUUUUGCUGAUGGUCUUGAAGCACGCAUGGUUGGCUCUGGAACCCAGAUAUACAGAGACAUUACUAAGAUGCCAACAUCGGCUGCUGAUCUCUUGAAAGCUUACCAUCUCUUUCUUGCUGCUUGUCCCUUUAGAAAGAUCUCCAAUCUUUUCGCAAACAAGACAAUUAUGAAUGUAGCCAAAAAUGCAACCAGACUCCAUAUUAUUGAUUUUGGUAUUCUUUAUGGCUUCCAGUGGCCUUCCCUCAUACAACGUCUCUCAAAUCGCCUUGGUGGACCUCCCAAACUUCGGAUCACUGGGAUUGAUUUUCCACACCCGGGUUUCCGACCAUCAGAGUUGCUUGAGGAGACGGGAAUUCGAUUAGCUAAAUAUGCAGUGACCUUCAACGUUCCAUUUGAGUUCCAUUGCAUUGCACAGAAGUGGGAAACAAUCCAGAUAGAGGAUCUUAAGAUUGAAAAAGAUGAGGUGCUCGUAGUGAACUCUCUAUUCAGACUUAGGAAUCUACUUGAUGAGACUGUGGUGUUGGACUGUCCAAGGGAUUCUGUUCUGAAGCUUAUCAGGAAUAUGAAUCCAGAUAUUUUCAUCCAGGGGAUUGUAAAUGGCACUCAUAGUGCCCCAUUCUUUAUCACACGAUUCCGCGAGGCACUUUUUUACUUCUCUUCCUGGUUUGAAAUGCUUGAGACUAAUAUUCCCCUUCAAAUUCCAGAAAGAACACUGCUCGAGAAAAUGAUUUUAGGAAAGGAGGCAAAGAAUGUCAUUGCAUGUGAAGCUGCUGAGAGAAUUGAAAGGCCAGAGACAUACAGGCAGUGGCAAGUUCGGAAUCUCAGGGCUGGAUUUAGGCUGCUUGAUUUGAACGAGGAGAUCAAGAAGAUGGCCAAAGAUUGGGUGAAGUCAUCGUACCACCCAGAUUUCAUAAUUGAUGAAGACGCACAAUGGAUGUUGCUGGGAUGGAGGGGACGGAUUAUACGUGCACUUUCUUCUUGGAGGCCGGCAUAUUGAACACAUUUACCCAAUCACUGAAAAUUGGCCAGAUAUCAUUGAACAUGUCAACGCACUUUAAUAUCUUGAGCAAAUUACUGUUCAUUUCUAGACUGAUUGUUUCUGUUUAAAAUCCUAGAUGCAUACUGUCUUUCUUUUCAUCUGGUUUACUUGUAGUGCACAUGGAUAUUGUAUGUAGUCUUCCAUGUUAAGAUAUGUACAAACCUAAGGUUCAAAAUAUGCUCACUGUGUCUACUUAGCAGGCAUGGUGGGAGAAGAAUUUUGAGGUGCUGCCUUCCUAUUGUUUUGCUAUGCAGACUCCAAAUGCAGUAAGCUGUACCAGUUACCAUCAAUUCAAUGUAAAAAUCAUAAUUUACAGUUGUGAUCCUGAUACUUAUUAGACACAUUUCUGUAUGCUGUUGUGAGGAAAUGGGCAAAGUCGGAAUCCGACAGAUAAAAGGGAAAAUAAUCUGGAAGAAGAACAACC